ACAAUAUUUGGCAGUGGAACAAUAAGCUUCAACAAAAUUUGCUCGACGAGACAAUCUCAAAUUAUCAUUUUUGGAGUGAAAUGAAGCAACGCAUUAUUUUCAUAUUAUGUAUACUUUUGGCCUCUUUUGUAUGUUCCACGAAUGGCUUUGCUUUUUAUCUUAUCCCCGAAAAUAAUCCUUCUAAUCCGUUGUGUUUCUUAGAAGAUGUAUUGAAAGAUAAUAGAAUAUAUGGCUUUUUCUUUAUUAUGGAACCCUAUGAACACCCAGACCCGAUACACUUUGAGAUUCGGGAUCCAGAAGGUUUCAAAGUUCGGGACGAAGUAUUGGUCGAAUCAAAAAUAGACUUUGUUGCAGAGAAGAGAGGUGUAUAUGAGUUUUGUUUUGAUCUUGGUCGUUUUACAAACCAAGCAAAGAAAGUAGCUUGGGAUGUAAGAAUUGAUCGCGGCAUGGAAGCAGCUUCAACUAAUAAGGAGUUCCUUUCGGAUGCAGUAAAGCCAGAACAUCUGGAUACCGUAAAGGAGAGAAUACACGCUUUGUCGGAGGGUUUGGCUCGUGUUAGAAUGGAACAAACCAUCGCUAGAGAACAAGGCGCCACUAUGCUGCAACUGGUUGAAAGCAACCGCUCAAGAGUGACUCGCUUUACACUUUUAGAAUGUCUUUUGGUUAUUGUUGUGUGUGUUGCGGAAGUGUUCAUAUUGAGACGUCUAUUUGAAGUACGAACCAAACUAUAAACUGUUCUUGAUUCAACUUUUCCAUUUCGCU